AUGGGACUGUACACCAAGCAUGCUUCCGACAUCUCGGAGGUAGACGUCAUCAUUGCUGGAGGCGGUACGGCCGGAUGCAUCGUCGCUGGACGACUCGCAGAAGCAGACCCGAACUUGUCCAUCCUCGUCAUCGAGGGAGGCCCCAAUAACCACAAUGUCCCCAACAUCGUCCAUCCUGCCCUCUUCGCCACCAAUCUCCUACCCACUAGCAAUACUGCCAUCUUUUACCAAGGCAACAAGGCGAAGCAGCUCGCGGAUCGCGAGCCCAUAGUUCCGUCUGGUGGUACCCUCGGCGGCGGCUCCUCCAUCAACUUCAUGAUGUACACUCGGGGACAAAGGGAGGACUUUGACUCGUGGAACACCCCCGGCUGGUCCGCGAACGAGCUCAAGCCUUUCCUGAACAAGUUCGAGACCUAUCACGGCCCCGGAAAGAAGGAGAACCAUGGCUAUAGCGGCCCCAUCAACGUCUCCCGAGGCACCUACCUCGCCUCGAUCUCGGAGGAUGACUGGAUUACCGCCGCCGAAAAGGUCGGCUUCCCGGAGAUCGAGGACCUCCAAAGCUUGGACGACUGCGGCGGAUUCCAGCGCUGGCAGCGCUACAUCUCUCUAGAUGGCAAGCGCCAGGAUACCGCCCACUGCUACAUUCACCCAAAGCUGGAACAGGGCGACAAGUAUCCUAACCUCCACGUCCUCGUUGAGGCCAAGGUCGUCCGCGUAAUCCUUGACGACAAGAAGAGGGCCGUCGGCGUCGAGUACAUCGACAGCACCGUCAAGCGUACUGUCAAGGCGCGCAAGCUUGUCGUCGUCUCCUGUGGUGCCUGCGGUACCCCUAGCGUUCUCGAGCGCUCCGGAAUUGGCAGCCCUGAAGUGCUUAAGAAGGCCGGCGUCCCUGUCGUUGUCGAUCUCCCAGGCGUGGGCCACGACUACCAAGACCACAACUUGGUCCUACCCCCUUACCGAACCAACCUUCCUGUGGACCAGACCAUUGAUAGCAUCCUAAGCGGCCGCAUCGAUGCCACUGACCUCAUUGCCAAGAACGACAAGAUUCUCGGCUGGAAUAGCAUCGACAUCUCCGCUAAGCUCAGGCCAACCGAAGAGGAAGUAGACGCCCUAGGGCCUGAGUUCCGUGCCGCUUGGGACCGCGACUUCAAGAACACCCCCAACAGGCCCAUCAUGCUUAUGGCCCUUAUCUCCGCCUUCUUCGGCGAGCACAGCACCGUCCCCGCCGGCCAGUAUGUCUCGGUCGGCAACUAUACCGCCUAUCCCUAUUCCCGAGGCCACAUCCACAUCACUGGUCCCGAAGUCACCGACCCCUUGGACUUCGACGUUGGCUUCUUCUCCGAUGAGCAUGAUAUCGACCUUAAGAAGCAAAUAUGGGCCUACAAGAAGUCCCGCGAGAUCAUGCGCCGCACAAACAUGUAUCGCGGCGAGGUUGCCCUCGGUCAUCCCAAGUUCCCCGAGGGCUCUAAGGCUGCCUGCGUGGAGCUUGACGCGGGACUCAGCGACGUCAAGGACAUCGAGUACACGGCAGAGGAUGACAGGGCCAUCGAGCAGUGGCUCCGCGAGAACAUUGAGACCACAUGGCAUUCCCUGGGAACCGCCAAGAUGGCGCCGCGCGAGCAGCUCGGUGUUGUUGCACCCAAUUUCGAUGUCUAUGGCACACAAGGCCUCAAGCUUGCCGAUCUCAGUAUCCCUCCCGAGAACCUCGGCGCGAAUGUCAAUAACACUGCGUUGUUGAUCGGUGAGAAGGCGGCGGACAUCAUCAUCCGUGAGCUCGCCGUUGCUACGUAG